AUGGGCCUGAUCGAUUGGGCAAGUCUACUUGUGUUGGGGGUAAUCCCUCUCGUUCUCGCGACCGAAACCAAAUCCUGCUGGCGAGAUGUGACAUGCACAGGACCAACACGAGCAAUGUUCAAUGGCCCCUGGGACAAGAACAUCUACGCGCCUGACUCACGAACUGUGCGUCCAGAGUCGACGCUUCCAGAGUUGAAGAAAAGUGCUAUCACGAACUUCCAACGCCCAGCGACGGCGACUUUGCAGGGAAAUGGAUCACUCGUGGUCUUUGAUUUUGGCAUCGAAGUCGGUGGUAUCGUUCACAUGGACUACGAGUCAACGGGCCAAGGUGCCAUCGGACUCGCAUUUACCGAAGCCAAGAAUUGGAUCGGAGAAUGGUCUGACUCCUCCAACAGUCUGUAUCAUGACGGUGCGCUGUAUACGAAUUUCUCUGCCGCAGGAAGCCAUAAGUAUGUCAUGCCGGAUCAACAUCUUCGAGGCGGCUUCCGGUAUCUCACGCUCUUCCUCCUCACCGACAAUCAUGCAGAGGUAGAACUCAAGGACAUCAAUGUGGAAAUCAGCUUUCAGCCGACAUGGUCUGAUCUUCGCGCUUAUCAAGGGUAUUUCCAUUGCAGCGAUGAACUACUCAAUCGUAUUUGGUAUAGUGGCGCAUACACCCUCCAGGCCAACGAAGUGCCAGUCAAUACAGGGCGCAUUACGCAUGGACUAAAGUCUGGAUGGCUCAAUAACGGCACUCUGGGACCCGGAGACACCAUCAUUGUCGACGGCGCCAAGCGAGAUCGAGCUGUUUGGCCAGGAGACAUGGGUAUUGCGGUGCCCUCGGCGUUCGUGAGUCUAGGCAACCUGGAAAGUGUGAAGAAUGCGCUGCAGAUCAUGUACGAUACUCAGGCUUCGAGUGGCGCGUUCGAUGAGUCUGGUCCUCCAUUGAGUCAGAAGGGAUCGGACACUUAUCAUAUGUGGUCGAUGAUUGGUACCUACAAUUACGUGCUAUAUACCAACGACACAGUCUUCUUGUCGAGGAAUUGGGACAAGUAUCUUGCCGCUAUGAACUUCAUCUACGGCAAGGUCACCUAUCCAAGCGGCCUGAUGAAUGUGACAGGUCUGCGUGAUUGGGCACGUUGGCAACAAGGCUACAACAAUUCUGAGGCUCAGAUGAUUCUCUACCAUACGCUACAAACGGGAAGUUCAUUAGCCACCUGGAUGGAGGAGGCCAAUCUCACUCAAACAUGGACUUCAAGAGCCAAGGAUCUCAGAGCGGCGAUCAACAUGCACUGCUGGGAUUAUUCAUUCGGGGCUUUCAAAGACAAUGCCACCGACACCACGCUCCACCCACAAGAUGCCAACAGCAUGGCCAUCCUGUUUGGAGUCGUGGACGCAGACCGCGCGGCUCGGAUCUCUGACAAGCUGCUUCUCAAUUGGACCCCAAUCGGUGCUGUUGCACCCGAGCUCCCGGAGAACAUCGCCUCAUUCAUCUCUUCUUUUGAGAUUCAGAGUCACUUCAAAGUUGGUCGGUCUUCUCGCGCCCUCGAUUUGAUCCGUCGCAGUUGGGGCUGGUACAUGAACAACCCAAACGGCACCGAGAGUACCGUUAUCGAAGGCUAUCUUGCGAAUGGAACAUUCGGAUACAGAAGUAGUCGCGGAUAUGGUUAUGACGAUUCGUACGUCUCACAUGCGCAUGGCUGGUCCUCUGGACCGACGUCUGCAUUAACCAAUUUCAUCGUGGGUCUUGAUGUCACUUCACCACUGGGCAAGACGUGGAGUUUUGCUCCGCAGUUUGCGGACCUCCAAUAUGCCGAGGCAGGCUUCUCUACAUCCUUGGGAAAGUUUCAGGCGAGUUGGAGAUUGAAGGGGUACGGGUAUGAUGUGAAGCUUUCGGUUCCCAAGGGUACCCGGGGGACUGUAACUUUACCUUUUGCCCAUGAGGGCAUGGAGCCUUCAAUCACCGUCAACAAUCGCCAGAUUCGUACCGGAUUGAAGGUCGAGUACGAUACCGUUUCCUUUGAUGUCAAUCAGGGAGGCUCCUUCAAAAUCAUGGUUAAAUGA